CUCUUAAAUAUAAUCUCGUCGAGCGCGUUUUUUAUUCUCCGGCGAGCGUGAGAGAGAGUCGAUCCCAUCAAAAUUUUUUGGCUCACAUGUUCAUGUAUUAGUCUUCGAUUUGCAUUCACUGGAAACGUGCCUCCGAUUUGUAAAGUUAAUGUGCCUAAAAAACUGCUUCACAUUUGUCCAAAACUAGUUUAAAUAAACUAACAGGUGCAGCUAAGAGACUUUCUCAAUAGCAUUGCAUGAGGGAGAGGAGAGCACGCUAAAAGAGAGUGGAGAAGAGCGGGACAUUGUUUUUGUGUGUGAGUGGAAAUGUACUCUGACAAUGACGAGACGCACGAUAACUCUAGUGGAUCACAGCGCAUCCGGAAUGUGUUGACUCUGGAGGAGCGGGUGGCCGUCAUCCGGCAGUACGACAUCGUGCCCAUGUACAGCAAGAUUGCCCGGAACUUCAACUGCAGCUGGGAGCAGAUCAAGAGCAUUGUGUCCAAUCGCGAGGCGAUUCUGGAGUUCCACGAGGCCACCAAUCGCAUGAGCCAGCCGGCCAACAAGGACGGCGAGCUGCGCCGGCGCAAACUGAACUUUCUGGGCCACUGCCUGUACGAGUAUAUCCAGAGGGCCCAGUUCUAUUUGCACAGCGAUGUGAACGAGGAGAUGAUCCGCAACCGGGCGAUAGAGUUCCGUGACCUGAUGAGAAUCGAGGGCUUUGUGCCGAACAAGCCGUGGAUCAAUCACUUCAAGGCCGCCUACAAUAUAACCCUGUCGAAUCGUCAGAUCACGAUAACCCGUCGACCGCCACGAUCGAUGGAUUUGAGGGACAUAAUGUCCUAUUGUGGGCGACAUACGUCCAUGGCUUGUAGUUUGGUGCCCCGAUCGCCGGAACCCAGCGCUCCCACGACCAGUGACCAACGGGCCAUCGAUCGACCUUUGUAUCGCACCAAGACAUUGGUCACCACAUCGUGUCAAAAUCAGGCCACCUCGGAUGAGGUGCAUCUGCGACGCAAGCGGAAGAUAACCUUUCUGGAGAAGUGCUUGUACGAGUACAUCCAGCGAUCGCAGCUGCAUCACAAGGGCAGACUGGAUUUGGACAACCUGCGAACAGUGGCCAUUAGUUUGAGGGACAUUCUGAAGAUCGAGUCCUUCUUUCCCGACAAAGUGUGGUUCAAUCACUUCAAGAGCCGAUACAACUUUACGUUUUCCGUGGGCGUGCCGAUGACCAAUCGCCGAGUGCCUCUUUCCCUGGACCUUCGGGAUGUAGUCAGUUAUUGUGGUCGGAAUGAACAUAAAAUUACCCUGGCCCACAAGAAAACACAGGAUGAGCUGGGAGCUGGCUUUGUCCACUUACCGCCGGUGGAACAAAAGCACGAAGAAUUGGAGCCCGAGGAGGAUGACGAUUGUGUGGCAAUAGAAGUGCCGCAGGAACUCAUAGAAAUUAAGGACGAUGAGGAUGACGAGCCACCGGAGAGGAUAGCUAAACGAAGAUUGGAGGAAGAUGAUGGUGAUCCAGUAGCCUGUGGCCUGAAGAUACAAAAGAUUCAAUCACUUAGUGAUAUGCAAAUACCACCCGCCCAUAGUCCCGGUCACUAUUCAGAGACCAGCGAUGAGGCGCAUCUGCCACGUUGCGUGGAAAGCUACAGGGAUGCACUGCGCCUGCUAAAACCCCUGGAGGAGUUUGCUCUGAUGGAGGAGAACUAUCGAGCCAUCGGACUGCUCACCCAGCUGGAGAAGAUCUUUGAGAGCGGAGCAAAAAAACAUGCCGAAAAGGACACCUCCGUAGAAUAGGAAAACAACCAUAAACUUGUGCCUUAAGUUCAAAGAUGUAACAUACCAUAGGUAGUUUGUAUGUCGCCAACUAUAUCAGGAAAAUCAAGACUAUGAGCCCAAGAAAAGAAUAAUCGAACUGAUCCAAUCAAAAACUAUAUUCACACAACUGAAAGAUAAUAAUAAGCGCAUUGCCGAAUUGGACUCUGAAAUAAAGUUCCUACAUGAAGUAUUCGCUAAACUAAAUGCUGCUCAUCUCGAAAGUAGAGAACAACUGAAAGAGAAGAAAAGAAUACAAGUGCAGGAAAAUCAAGAUUGAGAUCGAGAAAAGAGUUAACUAACAGAUCCAAUCAAAAACUAUAACCAAACUAGGUGAAAAUGUGGCCAACGACGCAUGUAUCCGCUUCAAAAAUAGCUUAUAACUAAGUGAAAGAGAACAAUUUAUAUUGAGCAAGUCUUUUUACGAACGAUGUCAUUAUUUACAAACCUUGAAUCUGAGAUGAGGGAAGGUCAUAAUUUGAAAAUUGA